CAUUGUCACCCUGUUAGAAAUCAUGUUCGCAAAAUAAAAGAGAAUCAUCAUCAUUCAUAAAUCCUAAGUCCUAAGUCGAGACAAAACUAGAGUUCAAACGAGAGAUACAGUUCUUCAUCAUGCCGGAAUCCGAUCGUCCCGCGGGAACGCCCCCUCCCUCACCCGCCCAACCGGGUUGGGGCGCUGUGAAAGAGCAUAUCUUGGCCAACAAGAUCACGUUCGGGAUGUUCUGCACGCGAUUGCUGACCUUGUUCUUCACGCUCAACUAUUUCCUGCCCAUCUUCUUGACGCACUCCUCGCAAUGCUACUCCAAGGCCCUGAUGGCCAAUGCGGCCACGUCGGCCCUGCGGCUUCAUCAGCGCAUUCCCCGGGUCCAGUUCAAUCGCGCCUUCUUGGGCACCAUCUUCUUGGAGGAUUCGGCGCAUUACGUCCUGUACAGUCUGAUCUUUAUCUUCGGCCAACCGUUGACCAUGGCCUUGGUGCCUUGUGUCCUGUUUGCCGUCCUGCAUGCCGCCUCCUACUUCUUGACCUUACUCGAUCGGAUGGGUCAACAGAACUCGUUUUGGGGCGCCCGCAUGUUGAUCUCGUUCGUGGAGUUCCAAUCCCGCAAUAGCUUGAGGAUGGCCGCUUUCACCGAGAUCUUUCUCAUGCCCACGGUGGUCGUGUUCAUCUUCGUGGGACGGACCAACUUAUUCACGCCCUUCAUGUACUAUCGGUUCCUGACGUUGCGCUAUGCCUCCCGGCGGAACCCGUAUACCCGAGCCGUGUUUAUGGAGCUCCGAUUGUCUCUGGAACAAGCCGUUCAAUCGCCGCGAAUCCCCGACGGGGUUCGAACCUUGACGCACAAGGCCAUUGCCUUGGUCUCGAGCUUGGCGCCGGUCUACGCUCCCGAGCAUUGAUAGUCAACUAUUCUAAUCCUGUACAAUUAUUCGAUAUCGAUGUCAUUCCCGUUCCUUUGUCCCUCACGUGAUUUUCCAGACAACUGUACCAAGAAUUACAACAACACUCACCACUCACCCGCUGGCAUUAAAAUGAUUCUGGCCCAGACCUGCUGCCAUUGAACGUCAUAUCCCGAUUUUGUUCCAGAA